GGUGGGGGAUCGCUGUAACCAAUAAGCCUGCAAAAAGCGGCUCCUGCGCGAUGCGCAUGGCGCGCUGCGCCGCAUAAUCUUGCGUAUCAGUGAUCGGCAGUGCCAUCCAGAAGGCAGUAGGUUACGGGUUCUAACGUGGUGAAAUUUAGGGAGCCCUUAUUGGUGCGAUCGGUGAAAAAGGAAACGUGUGAGGGGGUAGAGGGCACAAGAUAGUAAGUGCACGAUACUCGCGAGUGUCGGGAGAUCUAGUGUCGAGCCAUCAUGGCGAAUCCACGAAAGUUCAGUGACAAGAUCGCGCUACACAAACAGAAGGAAGCGCAGGAAAGAGCGGCGUUCGAGGCAAUCAUGCGAGAAGUUUCGGAUGUCACAAGCAGAGUCGCCUCGGCGAGCAGCUCGGUGUGCGCCAGUCCCACGGGGUCCGGGGUACUGGAGACUCCGCUGUCCGUGAAGAGUGCCGGCGCCAGCCCACCGCAGUCCAGCGGCAAACACCUGCACAUUAACCUGGGCAAUCAGUUCAGGGCGGGUGGCUCUCUGCCGAAUGUUAACAACAACGCGAAUUGCGGCAAUGACGCGAAAGAACACGCAUCGCCGCACAACGCCGCUAUCCACUCGAUCGACCUUAAGACGGCGCUCAACAACCUGGAGGAGAUGCAGCACAAUUCCAUGGUGUACCGCAACAACGAGAGGGGCAGGAGCAUGGGGGUUGGCCCGAUGCGGUCUCGUCCGAUGGAGAAGAGGCACGACACCUCGCCGUACAGCGGCGUGCCGUACCUCUCGCCACCGCCAACCGACACAUGGAGAAGAACGAACUCGGAUUCGGCGCUGCACCAGAGUGCCAACGAAGCCUGCCAGUCAGCCACCACCAUCCCUCAUCGACGAGAUCAACACACCGUGAGCGGGUCCGGGAGCGACAACAGAGACUUGCCUUACCCAUUCAUCGAACGACCAAGAUCGUCCUGCGAAAUACCUAGAGUGCCUGGAAGCAACAUAGAUCCGAGCUCUCAGCCACCGGGACAGCAAAUUCCCAUAGGCAACACGCGAUCGUUGCCCGACCUGGCCCACUUCCAGUCGGAUCAAGAGGAUCACUCGAGCAGUACGCCGUUCAGCAACAACCAUUUAUCAGUGCCUGUUAACCCUAGGUUCCUUCACACGUGUAAGGGUGUGGCGCUAGAAAACAGCACAAGUACUUCGCAACAGGAUCUUCAGAGCUACUCGCAACAACCGGUGCCUCAGCCACCGACGGCGACGUCCCACAGUCCAGCUGGCCACUACAUUUAUCAGCAACCGCACAGUCCUGUGCCACCGCAAAGUCCAAAGUCGUCGCAGACGCAGCAACCGCAGCUCAACUCCUUAGGCUCGUACAGAUCCUCGCAGCAGGUGAACAGGCCGUCACCUCAGUCGUCGCCAGGGCUAACGAUUCAAGGCAGCCCGUUGAGUUACAGCAAUAAUCCAUCGGCGCCUCCUAGUCCCACAGGCCAUCCAGGUCCGCCGAACCUGGCGUCUGAGAACAUCGACCAGAACAGCUACUUCCUGAACCAGGCGCAGGCAGCGGCGCUUCAGCAGACACUUCACGAUGAACUGUUCGAGAAAUUUCGCCGAUUCUUUUGGUUUCCCAAAGAUUGGCCGAAAUUCGCGCAGCAGCUCAUGGAACUUGGUUGCACCUGGAGCACGCAGAUAGAGAUGGACACGCCUGUGCCACCCAACAUGAUUGGAACGUAUAUCGGUUCGCCGAAUCAUACCACGAAUUACACGCAGAACGACACGAUAAACAUCGGUGGUGAAUUGGGCAGCGGAGAUGCCGAUUAUUUCAACACGAGUCCGCAGAUGCCGUAUCAGUCUACGACCACGACCACCACCAGCAACAACUCAAACACCACCCAGCAACUCACGCCACAGACGCCCAACACCCCUACGAUCAUCCUCACUGACUUCUCCGGGGCAGACGACCUGACGAACCCAGAAUUCGUGAAAGACCUCGGGACAGCGAUGAUAGGCGACUUCGACCCAGAUCUUCUUCCAUCGGACGACAACCCCAUCGACAUGGAUGGUCUACAAAUGCUCACCGACCCGACGAUGGUUAUAUCCGAUCCUAGCGCCGAAGCCCAUUUUAGGCGGGAUCGACUUUAAGGCGAGACAUUUUACUCAUUUUCGAUUAUGCGCUGACUAUAUUACGUAGGAAAUACGAAUUCUUAUCUGUCCUGGUGUCGCGAUUUAUUCUUGGGACACUUUGACAAAUGGGACGAGUCUUGUUCGCGGCCGUCGAUGCGCUUCCAACGGGAAGUCGUUUUUCUGCCAACAUGCGACAGUCGCUACACCAUCGUUGUCGUUGUCGUCGUGGAAAAAUGAGAAAAGGGAAGACCGUGGGUCGACCGAGACGAUCGGUGAACACGAUCUAUGGUCUCGUAUACGGCUCGUUACGAGAAACCGUGUAACUAGGGGGUCAAGCAGCGAAAUGCUACGCCCGAUCGCUAGCCUCGAAGACGAAUAAUCGACCAGACAAAACGUAUUCGCGUUGGAAACCUCGUCCAUCGACCAGGCGACACUGGUGUCCCGUUCGUGAUAAAACCGUUAAUUGAAGAUUAAGUAAUACAAAUCUUUAUUAACCCUUUUUUUAUUUUAUACUACUUUGUACAUUGUAUCAUGUAUGAUCUCUAAGAAGCACAAAACAAA